UGACCACCACCGAGAGGUUUGAACUGCGUUCUCCUACGUCUCUUUGAUUCGGCUCUUCCACUUCCACUCGAGCCAGCCCCAUAGAUAAUAUGUCUUCGCCCAGCACUUCUCAGACCAAGGUUCUCGAUGAACUCGGAUGUACUGACAAGGAGGGUGCGACGGCAGCUACAGUAGCUACUUCAGGAGGCCAAGAUAACGAUAUAACUCAAGACAUUGAUGGCGAUUACGGCUCAUACGGAGGCCAUGUCUUUUCUGAUCCCAAAGUCGCAGAUUACUGGAAAGAUGUUUACGAGAACGCUCGCUAUGAGGGCAGACACCGGUUUGAUCCUAGCUUUACCUGGUCUGCCGCCGAAGAAAAGCGUCUGAAGCGGAAGGUUGACUAUCGCAUUAUGGCGUGGUGUUGGAUGAUGUUUCUCGCACUGGAUCUCAAUCGCCGUAACAUUAACAGAGCAAUCAGUGACAACAUGCUAGAGGAAUUGGGCAUGAACACGAACGACUUCAAUUACGGUCAAACUAUCUUUUUGGUGUCAUUCCUCUCAGCCGAACUGCCCUCUGGUCUAAUUUCAAAGAAGCUAGGCCCCGACGUUUGGAUACCUUUUAUUAUUACUGCAUGGUCCAUUAUCUCCGCUGCACAAGCAGGCCUCACUGGCAAGAUAGGCUAUUAUAUCUGCCGGUGUCUUCUGGGCCUACUCAUGGGAGGUUUCAUUCCCGACACUGUUUUGUAUAUCACAUACUGGUACAAAUCCCGCGAGCUUCCCAUUCGGUUAAGCUGGUUCUGGACAGUCCUUAGCACUUGUAAUGUCCUCGGCUCUCUCCUUGCAGCUGGGAUACUUCAAAUGAGGGGCAUCCAUGGUUGGGCCGGCUGGCAGUUCUUGUUCCUGAUUGAAGGUGUCAUUACUGGCGCUGUUGGUGUUGCAAGCUGGAUUCUCAUGCCUGCAAGUCCGUGUCAAACUGCUAGUAGGUUCCGAGGGAGGAAGGGAUGGUUCAAUGAACGCGAGGAGAAGAUCCUAGUCAACCGAUUGCUGCGAGAUGACCCGUCCAAAGGUGAUAUGCACAACCGCCAGGCCGUCGGGCUUGAACGUCUCUGGAAAUGCCUGAAAGAUUACGACCUCUGGCCUCUUUACCUCAUUGGGCUAACGACCUACAUACCACCAAAUCCGCCGCAGAACUAUCUCGCCUUCAUCCUGAGGCAAAUGGGUUUCAGCACCUUUGAUGCCAACUUAUUGACGAUUCCUUCACAAUUUCUCUUCGGGGUCAAUCUUCUCAUUAUUUCCCGUAUUAGCGAAUGGGUUAAUGAGAGGUCGCUUAUAUCCUCGACCUCCAAUAUCUGGAUCUUCCCUUGGCUGGUGGCUCUUGUGACUCUUGGGGAAAACGCUAGUCCUUGGGUCCGAUAUGCUCUCCUUACUGGACUUCUCUCAUAUCCAUACUGUCACGCAAUUCUUGUGGCAUGGAAUUCUCGAAACUCGAAUACUGUUCGCACCCGUGCUGUGUCUGCAGCACUAUACAAUAUGUUUGUUCAAGCUGGAAAUAUCGUGGGCUCCAACAUUUACCGAGAGGAUGAUCGACCCUUGUACAGACGUGGCAACAAGAUCUUGCUCGGCAUUUGCUGUUUCAACAUUGCCCUGUUCUUCUUUGUGAAAUACUAUUAUUUACAUCGCAACAAAUCGAGGGAAGAAGCCUGGAGCAAAAUGUCUGGAGAGGAGAAGAUCGAAUACAUUCACAAUACCAACGACGAAGGUUCUAAGAGGCUCGAUUUUAGAUUUGUCCACUAAGGCUUUGACAACCUGGCGGAGGGGGAAGAUCGCCAUGUAUCGCGACCUUCAAGGUUUAUUCCUUGACGCAGUUUGUUGGCACUUCCAGGAUGGAUGUUGGAACAUUACAUCGGAAAGAAACAAAAAUUGAGUGGACUUUUUAGGUAUGGACUGUCCAAUCGAUACGACUGAAGAGGACGUCUUCAUGACGACCAGCUAACUUCACGAGGGAGAGAGAAACCUGAUGUGUUCUAUCGAAACCACUAGUGGAGAGCACCGCAUUGUGCCAUGCCGUCUACAACGCAAGGGCUAGUUACAAAUCCAGAACAUCAUGACUAGGGAAUGCGUACCUACUAGGACAGGCAACAGAAGCUGUGUACAUACCUUUGAAACAUAC